ACAAACUCUCUAGAAACAGUCUUCAAAGGGGUAGUAGGACAGUGUUCGUAUUACAAUUAUAGAAUUGACCAUCAAUUAAUAUCGUGCGUCUAUAAAGAUAAUAUUGCUGUUCUAAGAUUACGGGACUGGUUUUGCGGUUUAAUCUGCAUGGAUUUGGAAGCAGAACAUUAACAAAAACUGGAUAUUUAGUGUCCUGGGAAAGGAUAUUGAAAUCCUGGGACAUCUUCCUCAAAACCGGGAACGAUCCAUGAAAAACAGGGACAGCUGGGAAGACUAUUGAUUACGGGUCAUGUUGAGGGUCCAGGCUUCUCUCUCCUGCUGGAAAGUUCAUCUGCAAGUAAACUCCGAGAUCAGAAAACAGUUUGAACUCUCAGUACAGAGUACGGGUGUCUAUCUACCCUUGUGCUGCAGCCCCUGGGUGUGUUAACUGCCAGUUAAGGAUCGGAUCAUUGUAAGUCUAUUCUAACUGCAGUGGUUAAAGAAAGGGGCUUGAUACCAGGAGGUUCAAAUCCCAGCUCAGCCACUGACUCCCUGCGUGUGACCCUGAGCGAGUCACUGAACCUCCUUGUGCUCCGUCCUUCGGAUGAGACGUAAAACAAACGAGGUUCUGGAAGUGACUCUGCAGCAGCAGCAGCAGUUGUGAUGCAUAGUUCACCCCCUAGUCUGUAGCUAGUGCGCCCGCAUUUAAGAGUUUGUCCGGAUGGAUUUUGAAGAGGAGCCCCCUCCAAAAGAAUGGGGGCUGGAUCCCUUUUUCUUUAUGUUUGCCAAACUUUAUAUCAAAGACAUUCUGGAACUGAAACCGUCCAAACUAGGUCGAAAAAUUCAUUUCUAUAAAUCGCAUCCAGUAACCAAAGUGGAAAUCCUGGGAGCUGUGGUCUUCAAGCAGGAACGGGAGAAGUUCAUUUGCUAUGGAGUGGACGACGGCACUGGAGUCAUUAAGUGCUUUUGCUGGAAAAACAGCCGGCAGAAUAAGGCUUCCGACUCGGGUCAGUCCGUCGGGGGCUUGCCCAUGGCCAGACAGCAGCAGGAGCUGCAGGAGCGCUCCACCCUGGAGCUCGGGGACCUAAUCCGUGCCAGAGGACGCGUGAAAACUUACAGGGAGCAGAUGGAAGUCUCGGCUUUUUCCUACUGCAAAGUGGACGACCCGACGCUUGAAGUUCAGAUCUCCUGGAUGAGGGAGGUUCCGCGGCUCUACAGGAAGUAUUACGACAAGCCCUGCCUGGGUUCAAGCGCUGGGAAGAGACCGGGCGACACAGGCUCGGACGGACCUCUGACCUUGAGCAAGCUGGUGGCUUUGAUGGUGGAGCAGCUCAGGGAGUUCCUGAGGGAAAGCAAAGUGUCCACGUUUAGUCUACAGGAUCUGGAGACCGUGGACUCUCUGGUGUCAGUGGCCUGCCGCCCUCUUGAGAGCACCCCCACGGAGGAGGAAGCCGAAAUAGCCGCCUCUAACGCGAAGCGAGUGCGCCACGUUUUCACGCACGCCGCUCAGAAACUGGAAGAAGAGGGUCUGGCCUUCGUGAAAAAAUGCUACCCGGUGAAAGUCUACCAGGUCACAGUGAAGGACCAGGAACUUCUGAGAGUGACUCGGCAGAUCAUUCUCGCAGACUGCAAGCUGCCUCACAACGCUGACCAGGGCUGUCACUUCCUCUCUGUUUUCAGGAGCGUGACCGAACGGUUCCGGUCCGUGAACAAGGCCGCGCUGCGCCAGGUCCUCGACGCUCUGGAGCUGAGCAGUGACAUCGUCAGCUCCACAGGCAGCCACUACGUGGCUUUCUGAGGAUCCCUGCUUUGUAGAAACCCAGGAGCUGCGCGCGGGUGUGCUGGCUUCCCAAUGCUUGUGGUUCUGAAACUCCAGCCUCUAGUCGAUGCAUUAGCAGAAAGGUUUUGGGAUGCCCUCUUAUGGGUGGAAGAUAUUCUCAAGGAUUGUUACAAAAACCAGCAACAAACCUCUUCAUACUGGAUAAGCUUCGAUGGGUUGAACGACCUCCUCUUGUUACUAAACUUUCUCGUGUUCAGUGUAAGCCCCAAUCUGGUGUUUUCCAGACCAGUUUUGAGACAGAGAGAGGCAGUCCAGCACACUAAAGGCUCGUCCCUUGCAUCGUUUGGUGCUGUGUCGCAGGUGAUUGUAUUUGAGCGACUCACGUUCAUUCUUCCCUCGCUCGCCUUCACAGAAAGCUUGGCAAACCGGAAUUUCCAGUGUGUUCCGGUAUGGACAAGUAUCUCCUUUCUCUGUAAAUAACAUGAAACGUUUGUAUUCAGUUUGACUGCACCCAUAAAGAUCAGGGGACACAUUCAAUAAAUAUCAUGUCACUGUAAUAUCAUACACCACUGUGUCAUGUAACACUCUGAAUUCCACCAUUUGAAUUGCUUCCUUAUUUUAGUGGUGCUGGUACUUUACACUUCAACACUUCAAGUGCACAGUGAUCGUGGGAGCAGUGGAAAUGCCACAGGACUAAAGCUAAUGAGGGGAGAGGGAGAAAUGCACAGUCAGCUUUGCCAUGUCCCCUCCAGAUCCCUCACAGUGCGGCUGCUGAUCUGCUUAUUUUUCGGGCAUCGCUUUGAACAUCAUUGUGAGAUGUUGCAGCCUCAGGGUAUUUAAAUCAACUUAUCUUGCCAAAAAAAAAAAAAAAAAACGAAAA